AUGGAUGCGAUCUAUGAAGGUGCAGAGUUCACUAUUGUGAAUGUAGCAGGAGAUGCUCGAACGGGAUUGCCUGGGGUUGGGAAGACACCACGAGCGUCUCAACAUACAGUUGAACUAGAAAUUUCGAAGGGAAAGUCGGUUGAGUCAGGCCACAGCGAAGAUGGACAUAUCAAGAAGGUGUUCUCUCAAAUCGAUGCCUGGUGUUCACCGGAGAGCAAAUAUUACAUGCUGUCGGGCAUCUUUCGCGGUGAUAUGCAUCGGGUUCCCGAGCUUCAAUACGGAUUCCAACCCGAAGAUACAAACAACCUGGCCAAGGAGAUCGAAACCAUAAAUGGACAUAUUCGGGGUUUUACAUCGAGAAAUCUUACAGAUCCUGGGGAUUCCCUGAAUGCUUUCCUCGGAGUAUCCUCAAGCAUUUCCAAGAAAGAUGGCUUGUCUUUGAUGCUUGGAAUUCCUGUCUGGGCUGGUCCAUUUGCAGAUGGUCAACCCGGGCUACAGCACACAUUUGCCCUCUCAAUAUCAAUCUGGUUCCAUCUUGGAAAACCCAUCGAAGAUAAGUCAGAACUCUUCGUUGCGAGUCGCCACCGCCGAUCUCAAUUCCCAUCCUGGAGCUGGAUCGGAUGGGAAGGUCGUGUGGAUUUCAAUGGCGAUAACAACGAUUACAAUGAACCGCAUGAGGUGGAUGAAGAUGACUCUGGUGGUGAUAACUUCCACAUUGACUUCUUCACGGCGAUGAUGAAGACUGAAUGA